UGAAUCGUGAAAAUAUCACAUUGCGUAUAAAUAAACUUAUUCCAACGCACCAGGAACUCAUGUUACUUGCACAAUACACAACAUCAUAAGGUAAAAGGAACUUAUACUCAAAUAUGGCAAAAGCAGAAGAUGUAAUACGAAUGCUGGUUGUGCUAAUAACGGUAAUGCCACUGGUUGCUCAAGGAUCAUCAAGAUUGUACAGCUGGGCUAACCGGCUGGAGGAAUCAGGGAAGGAAAAGGUAACGAACCUUCAGUUCUAUUUCCACGACACCUUGAGCGGCAAGAAUCCGACCGCCGUUAAGGUGGCUCAGGCCGCCGACACAGAAAAAUCCCCGACGCUGUUCGGCGCCACGUUCAUGGUCGAUGAUGCUCUCACCGAGACCGCCGAUCCCAAAUCCAAACUCGUGGGCAGGGCACAAGGCCUUUACGGUUCUUCAUGCACUGGAUUGUUCCGGAUGGCUCGUGGCUACGCUAUUGCCCAGACCAAUUGGUUCGAUCCCAAGACCGGUGAUGCGGUCGUUGGCUAUAACGUUACCGUUUAUCAUUAG